GGCCCUUUCCAGUGGGCAAUCAGCAACGAGUUGCUUCACUUCUUACUCAACUUUUGCAGCACUAUUUUCCCUGGCCCGCGACACUCGCUGCACGCAAUUUCUGGUCAUCUGCCGCCAGGAUGCCUCACAAACACACCAGGAGAGAUAAGGAUGAUUCCACAUACGACCUACCACCUACCCAGAUAGCCAGACCGCUUCCUGUCGUCGCACCUAAGCUGGCCAGACAGAAUGCCAACAAGUCAGGUGGAAACAAGGGCAAAGGGAAACCAAAUGCCAACGAUGCAAGCAAAGACAGGGCCCCCGACGCACCCCGGGGUGCCAAGCGCAAGCGAGGUGCUGCCGACAAGAAGGACGACGCGCCUCGUGCCUUCAAACGUCUGAUGGCAUUCGCCGAUGGCAAGAAAUUCAGAAGCGGCCUCGAUGACGGAUCCAGAGAUGCGGCACCAAAGAAGAAGAAGAAGAGCAAGGUGCCCGAGGGCGAUGCCACGGUCGAGACGGAAAAUGCCCAGGAGGAAGCCCCUACGAUCCGGCCGGGCGAGAAGCUGUCCGACUUCGCAAGGCGUGUGGAUGCCGCCCUGCCAGUCAUGGGCCUGGUGAACAAGGGCGGCAAGAAGGAUCCCCUGGGGCUCAAGACGCAAAGGACGCGCAAGGAGAAGAAGAUGCACAAGCUGUACGAUGAGUGGCGGCGAGAGGAGGCAGCCAUCCAAGAGAAGAGGCGCGAGGAGGCCGAGGAGGCGGAAGAAGCCGAGAUGGAGAACGAAGAAGCAGGCGUCAAGUGGAAGUUGGACCUGGAGGAUCAAGGCGGCAAGGGAAAGAAGAAGAAGAAGGGCAAAAAGGGGCGCUCCGUCUGGGAGUCUGCCGAAGCGGACGACGACGAUCCGUGGGAGGAGCUGAAAAAGAAACGGGGCGAGAAGAAGGCUGGACUACACGACUUCGCCCAGGCCCCGCCGGAGCUCAAGACCAAGCCAAAGGAGCUGUUCAAGGUGCGUGGUGCUGGUGUUGAUGUGGGCACAAUACCCAAGGCAGCGGGAAGUUUGAAGCAGAGAGAAGAACUUCAGAGCGUCAGAGAGGAGGUGUUGGCUUCGUACAGGAAGAUGAUGCAGGCCAAAAGGGAAAAGCGGGAGGGGCAGGAGGAAUAGCAUGGAGUGGCUCAUGUUGACAUUGAAAGAUACCCAAUCCACUUGUUUGACUCUGAA